AUGGUGGAAAAAGAUCCUCAACUUAGCGCCCUAGAUAUAGGGGAGCUGGAUAUAUUUGUGGAAAGUAUGGAACCGUGGCGCAUCGACUCUAUUGGAAACCAGGCGUGGGUUGACUGGCAUGUUAGACUACAAAAACUGAAUCAACAAGCGGUUUUAGAAGCAUCUUCUAUGCAGGAGGAACUUACAAAGGAAACCCUCAUCUCUUGUGGAAAGCUGCCAGUGUUGGUUUAUGAAGCAAUAUGCAUCCAAGUAUGGCGCUUAAAAAUUUUCCCUCAAAUAAUGAAACUAGAGCCUGCACCUGCAAAUACCUUUGGUAUUUAUAUGGUGUUGUACCACGAGGCAGCAACAGUAGGUCUUCUGGAGACUGUGCUGUUCCAUGAGGACGGUGCUAACUGCAUCAGUGACGUCGUGGUAGAUCUACUCAACUACGUGGCAGAUCAGCUCACUGCUCUUUUGGCCUUAAUCAACAACGACUACUUAAAAAUGCCGUCCGCUAAAGAAGUGGAUUCUGAGACGGCGGUGGAGGAAUUGGAACGCCAAAAGCGUGACUUACAGUUUGAUAUCAGCAUGAGAUGUAUCUCUAUAGUUCGUUACAUAGCGGAACAUAUGGAGAUAACUGGUGCUGCUGCUUCUAUCGCAACCAACUUGUACAAGACACACGAUGUACCAUCACUAUUAAGCCAUCUGAUUCUACAUGAGCCGUGGAAAAGAAUUGACGAGAAGAAUGAACUCUUGACAUUCAAUUUUGGUCGUUGGACAAAGCCAUCAGCAGAGGAACUAAAUCAGCUUCACCGCAGUGAAGCUCAACUCUGGUUGUGCUUACGGCAGCUACUGCUGGAACCGCGACUUGCUCACUACUACAACAUCGACGAGUGUAGACGCAAUGCAUUUUGCAGAUUGCAAGCAAAAAUGACCCCACCAGUCCUGGAUCAAAUUCCUCCGCUGGGUGAUCUGAAGAUGUUCCUGUGUCGUUUGUCCGUGGGUGACUACACGAGUGUGAAUGGUCGAGCUAACGGAAAGAAUCCGGGAUGUACGCUCAUCGAACUAGUGCCCCAGAUUAAAGAUGCCUAUUUUAAACAAGUCCACAAGCGGACAAAGACAAUUGCCAAAGCCCAACUGGACUCUUUCCGUAUGGAUGGAUCAGAAGAAUCCAGGAACUUGGCUAAGAAACUGCUGGAGUCAUAUACAAGUGACACUGCUUUGGCAUUGGAUAGUGGAGGGGCGAAAUGCGCUAAAUGCGGGGAUAAAGCCACCAAAAAAUGUUCGAGGUGUAAGACUGAAUGGUAUUGUGGCAGGGAAUGUCAGGUGCAACAAUGGCCGAAGCACAAAGAAAUAUGUGACCAGUUUGCAAAUGUUUGCAUGUAA